AGUGAAACCCCUAAAUACACGCCCAAAUCCAAUUUGACAAUCAGCUCUUGAAGAGAAGAACAGAUCUCUCUCUCUUCUACCUCCGUUUCCGCAUGACGCGCCACCGGAUCAAUGGCGGAUCCGCCGCAAUCUUCACCCUCCUCUUCCUCAUACACACAACCGCCACCUCCACCACACUUCCGAUCCCAGGACUAGACACCUUCCUAACCAACCAAUUCCGCCUCGACCCCAAAGCCACCAACGACUCCUUCGGAUCCCUCUCCUCCUCUCUCAAACGCUCCCUCUCCUCCUCCUCAUCCUCUCUCCACUUCUCCUCUCUCUCCCAACCCCUCCUCUCCCUCUCCGUCCCCGUCUCCCUCCACGUCCGCUUCGUCGGCGACUCCUUCCCUCCCUCCUCCCCCUCCACUCUCUCCUCCUUCAUCACAUCCGCCGUCACCACCGACGCCUUCCACGUCAUCUCCCCUCCCGACUCCUCCUCCGCUGACCACAACCUCGCCGUCUCCCACUCUCUCAACCUCGACGCCUCCCUCCCGACCUCCCUCUCCUCCCGCCUCGACGCCGCCUUGAAAUCCCUAAUCUCCUCAACAACCUCCUCCCUCCGAUCCAACCUCCUCUCCCUCCCUCACUCCCCAAUCGACGAGAUCGUGAGACAAGAGUACGAGAAGGAGAAGCACGGAGACGGAGGAGUCUACAUCUACCUCCUAUCCCUCGGUCCUCAGUCCAAGCCCUACGCCUACACCUACUCCCACGGAGACUCCUCCGCGGGGUUCACCAAGUGCCUCGGAAGCAUCUGGACCGGGAAAGAGCGUUACCUCUGGAUCGAUCUCUCCGCGGGACCCGUCGAUUACGGUCCCGCGUUAUCCGGAGACGGCGUGCUUCCACGUGGCGAGUUUCACCCUCUCGCGGCUUUCCACGGCCGUCCCAAGUCCGAGAAGGCUCUCCUCGCGGAUUUGGCUUCUCUUGUGUACAACGCCUAUCAGGUACUGCUCGUUCCUUCUCUGAGGAUCCCUGUCUACUUCGAGGAGUCUUUGGUUGUUCAGUUGAUUCAUGUUUACGGGUUGGAGCAUAAGGACCCGGUUGGGUUGGAUUGGGAAGUUGUGAAAGGAACUUUCUUGGAGGAAGCUGGGUUGUUGUUGGGAGAACAGAAGCUGAGUUUCAAGAGUUUUAGCGUGAGUUACAGAGAGUGUCCGAUUUGUUCGUUCGCUGUCUCUCGAGGGAUGAACUCGUACACGUCUAGGUUUCUGUUUGAUAACUACACGUUGAUUGUGAGUGAGUAUUUGGAUUCGAAGCAUAUGCAUCGGACGUUGACUGAGUCGGGAGAUGAGCUUAGAAGAGUCGCUGGGAUACAUGAGGAGGAGGAGUUCGCUAGGGUGUUACCUGUUUACGUGUUUGAUUUGGAUGUGAACACGCCGUUGUUGUUGGAUAGGUAUCAUCAGUCCGUUGCGUUUAAAGACAUGGUGAUUGCUGUUAGAACCAGGGGGACACAGUCGGUGAGUGAUUAUACUUGCAAUGGGCGUCAUGUGUUUGUUCAUACGCGGGAUCUUGAAAGACCUCUCGUUGGUUCGAUUCUUCAGAGCAUGUGGGGUGUGUCCUCGACUCAUCUGACGUGGAGCCCGAGGCAUAACUCGACGUUAGUUGACUACACAUGGAGCGUGGGGCAGACGCCGUUCGGACCGUUCUCUGAUAUCUCGUCUCUUUCGUUUGUUCAGAAAGACGCUGCUAAGAGAAACGUUAUUCUGACGUCGUUGAACACGACUAUCUCGAGCGCGAUCGAUGUUAUUGAUUCAACGGUUGCUUACGGAGGAGAGUCGGUCCUUGUGAAACAGAACCGGCACUCUGAGUUCAUGCAGAGGUGGAAUCUUUUGAAGUACAAGAUGGAGAAAUCUGUUUCUGCUCUGUCGCAUAAUGACUUUGAGAUGGCGUUGUUCUACCUGAGAUCGGCUUCUCACGACUUGUACUCGAUGCAUUCAGUGGUGUACUUGGCGUCACAGGAGGUGGAAGCGAGUCUCAACUGUUUUAAAGAUCCUCCGUUCCCGUGGGGAGCUGUUUCAGUGUCUGGAGUAGGGUUAGUGGCUUUGAGUUACGUGUACGCUAAAAGAGAUAGGCUCUUCAAGAGCAAAAGAAAACAGUUCUGAAGAAUCCAAGUCCUUACAUUGGAUGAAAGACUUAGCUUGGUUUUUGGGGUUGGAUACAACAUGUACUAUUAUGAGCUUGUUUCGAUUUGGUGAUGUUGAACUAAAGAAAAACAAAUGUUGGAUCUUUUUUUCUACUUAUUUUUGAAUAGUUAAGACAGAAAAUUGAAAUU